GAAACAGCCCUUUCUUUGUAACUCCAAAAACCAUAUCCUUCCUCAGUUCCUCUUUCUGAGGCUCCAAACAGAUGCAAGAAAGUUGAAGAAGUGCAGUAACUUUCUCGGCUUCCAAACGCAGAAAUUAAUAUGGCAGUGAACGAGUGGUUGAAUGGAUAUUUGGAGGCAAUAUUGGAUGUGGGAGGAAGAAGCAGCUCCAUCAUCAGGAAGAGAUCAUCAACUGAUAAUAGUUUUGAUGGAAAGCACAGAUCAAUGAUUAGGUUUGAAGAAGAAAGAAAAUUGGAAGAAGAAAAAGAUGAUGAUAACAGCAUCAACAACAACAAGCUGUUCAGUCCUACAAAGUAUUUCGUUGAAGAAGUUAUCAAUAGCUUUGAUGAAUUUGAUCUUUACAGAACUUGGGUUAAGGUAAUAGCAACAAGAAACAGCAGAGAUCGGAGUAAUAGGAUGGAGAAUAUGUGUUGGAGGAUUUGGCAUCUCACCCGCAAAAAGAAACAGAUUGCAUGGGAUGAUGCGCAGAAGCUCGCAAAACGGCGAAUUGAGCGCGAACAAGGCCGCAAUGAUGCUGCUGAUGACCUGUCAGAAUUGUCAGAAGGUGAAAAAGAGAAAGAUGUCAAUAAUGCUUCAGAAUCUAGGAAGGACAUUCCCAGGAUCAGUUCCGAAAUGCAACUUUGGUCGGAUGAUAAUAAGUCUAGGAACCUUUACAUUGUCUUGAUCAGCAUUCAUGGAUUGGUAAGAGGAGAAAACAUGGAACUUGGGAGAGAUUCUGAUACUGGUGGUCAGGUGAAAUAUGUGGUGGAACUUGCUCGCGCCCUUGCAAACACAAAGGGAAUAUACCGAGUUGAUCUACUAACUAGACAGAUAACAUCACCAGAAGUAGAUUCAAGCUAUGGAGAGCCCAUUGAGAUGUUGUCUUGUCCCCCUGAUGGCAGUGGUAGCUGUGGAGCCUAUAUAAUUCGUCUCCCAUGUGGUCCUAGAGACAAGUAUAUACCAAAAGAGUCGCUGUGGCCUUACAUACCUGAGUUUGUAGAUGGAGCUCUGAACCACAUUGGAAACAUGGCAAGGGCUUUAGGUGAACAAGUGGAGGGAGGAAAACCUGCAUGGCCUUAUGUUAUCCAUGGUCACUAUGCUGAUGCUGGGGAGAUAGCAGCUCACUUGUCUGGUGCAUUGAACGUGCCAAUGGUACUGACAGGACACUCAUUGGGACGUAACAAGUUUGAACAACUUCUGAAGCAAGGAAGAUCGUCUAGGGAGGCCAUAAAUGCAACAUACAAGAUCAUGAGGAGGAUUGAGGCUGAGGAAAUCGGGUUGGAUGCUGCAGAAAUGAUUGUCACCAGUACCAGGCAAGAGACUGAAGAGCAAUGGGGGCUGUAUGAUGGGUUUGAUCUCAAGUUGGAGAGGAAGCUUAGGGUUCGGAGACGGCGUGGAGUAAGCUGCCUAGGAAGAUACAUGCCUAGGAUGGUGGCAAUUCCACCAGGCAUAGACUUCAGUUAUGUUACCACACAUGAAUCAGUGGAAGGUGAGGGGGACCUGAAGUCAAUGAUUGGAUCAGACAGAGCUCAAGGCAAAAAGCACCUACCUCCUAUAUGGUCUGAGAUAAUGCGAUUUUUCACAAAUCCUCACAAGCCAACCAUACUAGCCUUGUCCCGCCCUGAUCCCAAGAAAAAUGUCAUGACCUUGCUCAAGGCUUUUGGGGAGUGUCAGCGUCUGAGGGAAUUGGCCAACUUGACACUCAUACUUGGAAAUAGAGAUGAUAUUGAAGACAUGUCUGAAAGCAGCUCGACUGUUCUUACCAUGGUGCUCAAGCUCAUUGACAAGUAUGAUUUGUACGGCCAAGUAGCUUAUCCGAAGCAUCAUAAGCAAUCUGAAGUACCAGAGAUAUAUCGUCUAGCUGCAAAAACUAAGGGAGUUUUUAUCAACCCAGCGUUGGUGGAACCAUUUGGCCUCACUAUCAUUGAGGCAGCAGCUUAUGGUUUACCCGUUGUGGCCACAAAAAAUGGAGGGCCUGUGGACAUUCUGAAGGUACUCAACAAUGGACUAUUGAUUGAUCCCCAUAAUCAGAAAGCUGUUGCGGAUGCACUGCUAAAGCUUGUUGCUGACAAAAGUCUCUGGCUAGAGUGCCGCAAAAAUGGCUUAAAAAACAUCCACCGUUUUUCAUGGCCAGAGCACUGCUGCAACUACCUCUCCCACAUUGAACAUUGCAGGAAUCGCCACCCCACCUCUCGCUUGGAAAUUAUACCAAUUCCAGAAGAACCAAUAAGUGAUUCACUAAGAGAUGUAGAGGACCUUUCCCUGAGAUUCUCCAUAGAAGGAGACUCCAAGUUGAAUAAUGGAGAGACAGAUCCAGCAACCAGACAGAAGGAACUUAUUGAAGCCAUUAGCCGUAGGAUCUCGACUACUGGCAAUUUCAAUGCCAGUUUUCACCCUGGUAGAAGGCAACGGCUGGUUGUGAUUGCUGCAGAUUGUUAUGACAAAGAAGGAAACAGGACAGAAGCCUUUGAGGAAAUUAUCAAGAGUGUGAUGAAAGCUGCAGGACAAGGAAUAGGCUCAGGAAGGGUAGGAGUUGUACUCUUAACAGGUUUAAGUUUAAAAGAAACAGUUGAAGCAUUAAACAACUCCAAUAUAAACAUAGGAGAAUUUGAUGCACUAGUGUGCAACAGUGGAAGUGAAAUGUAUUAUCCAUGGAAAGAUUUGAUGGUUGAUGCAGAUUAUGAAGCCCAUGUUGAGUACAGAUGGCCAGGUGAAAAUAUUAGAUCAAUGGUACCCAGGCUGGCUGGGAUUGAAGGUGAAGAUGAGGACUGCAUUGCAGAGUGUGUCAGUGCUUUUAGUUCUAGGUGCUAUUCCUACAGUGUGAAACCAGGAGUCAAGGUUCAAAAGAUAGAUUAUCUUCGUCAAAGGCUACGAAUGAGAGGCUUCCGCUGUAACCUAGUCUAUACACAUGCAGGAUUCAGAUUAAAUGUGAUACCAUUAUUUGCUUCAAGAAAACAAGCUCUGAGGUACUUAUCAGUUAAGUGGGGAAUUGAUCUCUCCAAAGUAGUCACAUUUGUCGGAGAAAGAGGUGACACAGAUUAUGAAGAACUCAUGGCUGGUAUCCAGAAGACUCUUGUUUUAAAAGGGGCUGUAGAGGAAGGCAGUGAAAGGCUUCUUCAUAGUGAAGACAGUUUCAAAAGAGAAGACAUGUUCAACCUAGACAGCCCCAAUCUUAUCUAUUCAGAGAAGAGCUAUACAGACUGUGAUAUAUCCACAAUUCUAGAGCAUCUUGGAGUAUGGUGAUCUCUAUUUGUUCACUUUUGUUUUCGAUAUCAUCAUCACUUAUCUUCUGAACCUAUAUAAUAUAAAUAGAUAGUUACAAGCCCACAGAAUAAAUACCACCCAAAAGGAGAAUGUCAAUUCAGCUAUAUACAACAACUACAUUUGUAAUAUGAUUUGUCAUUAA